AUGGCACCAAUGAAUAGUACAGGUGACUGGUAUCCAAGGUCCGCAGCCGGCGCCGAGUUGAGGGCCGAGCGCCGGGCGGACUGCUCCGCACCCCUUGCUCGUUCAGAUCUCGGAUCUGGCCCACAGACGGAGAUGGAAAUUUUCCAGGCAAUGGCGACCGAGGAGUCCGAGAGGAGAUUCCACGACUCUUGCCCCAACAACUCGACACAGCUUGAGGCAGCUGCAUUCAAGCCCAAAUAG